AUGGAAAAGUUGGCUGUCCCCCGCUUCAGUCCUACUGUUCCAUCUUACAAUUCAUGUACAAGUUGGCUGUCCUCCAGUCCAGUCCUACUGUGCCAUCUUCCAAUCCAUGGAAAAUUGGCUGUCCCCCGGUUCAGCCCUAGUGUUCCAUCUUACAAUCCAUGGAAAAGUUGGAUGUCCCCCGGUUCAGUCCUACUGUUCUAUCUUACAAUCCAUGUAAAAGUUGGCUUUCUCCUGGUCCAGUCCUGCUGUUCCAUCUUACAAUCCAUGGACAAGUUGGCUGUCCCCCAGUCCAGUCCUACCGUUCUAUCUUCCAAUCCAUGGACAAGUUGUCUGUCCCCCAGUCCAGUCCUACCGUUCUAUCUUCCAAUCCAUGGAAAAGUUGGCUGCCCCCCGGUCCAGUCCUACUGUUCCCUCUUACAACCCAUGGAAAAGUUUGCUGUUCCACGGUUCAGUCUCACUGUUUCAUCUUACAAUCCAUGUAAAAGUCGGCUGUGCCCUAGUCCAGUCCUGCUGUUCCAUUUUACAAUCCAUGGACAAGUUGGCUGUCCCCCAGUCCAGUCCUACUGUUCCAUCUUACAAUCCAUGUACAAGUUGGCUAUCCCCAAUAUCAGUCCUACUGUUCCAUCUUACAAUCCAUGGAAACGUUGGCUGUCCCCCGGUCCAGUCCUACUGUUCCAUCUUACAAUCCAUGGAAAAGUUUGCUGUUCCCCGGUUCAGUCUCACUGUUCCAUCUUACAAUCCAUGUAA